AUGGAAAUACCACCCUAUCUCGGCCAAUCCAACGUCUUUGACUGGAUGCACAGCAACCCCUUCUCCUCGCAGAACGGCCACACGCCACUAGAUCGCAUCGUCCCAUCUAUACCCUCUGAUAGGCCCAUUUUUGUAGAUGAAGCAACUGAUCACACCUUGACCCGGUCCCAGCUCAGACGCGAUGCCCUCCUUCUAGCUACCGGUCUCCAGACCACGCUGGGACUCAACCCAGACGAGACGCAACACUUCAAACCGACAGCGACGUGUGCUGACCCACACAUCGCACCCGUCGUGCUCAUUCAGCUCCCCAACUGUCUGCCCUUUGCCACAGCCCUGAUGGGCACCCUGGCCGCCGGUCUGACCGCCACACUCGUCUCGCCUGCUCUGACAGCCUCGGAGACGGAAUGGGUGGUACGGCAGUCCCGGCCGCGCGCAUGCAUCGUCACGUCCGCAUGCGUAGACAACGUGAAGAGGGCGCUGGGGAACGGACACGAUACCUCUGUGCCGAUCUACACUGCCGACUCGCUGUCGGACCUCCUCAGCAUCGACGGUGACUCCGCGGCAGUGCGACAGCCUCAGUCGCUGGACGCGUCAAACCGCGCUGCCGUCAUGCUCUGGUCGUCCGGGACGUCCGGCCGGCCCAAGGGUGUCCUCCUCUCACACCGCGCGCUCAACCUCUCCGUCGCGUCCGUGUGGCACGACGCCGACUUCUACCGCGGCCUCCCCGAGCGCUGGCUCGGCUUCGUCCCCUUCUACCACGUCUUUGGCCUGCUGAACCUGUUCCUGGCCGCCGUCGCCGCUGGCGCAACAGUCUACAUCAUGCCCUCCUUCAACCCCGACGCCAUGCUCUCGGCCGUGCGCCGCAGACGCCUGACAUACCUCCACAUGGCGCCGCCCGUGGCCGUCCUGCUGGCCAAAUCGCCCCUCGUGCACCGCGACACCUUUGUGAGCGUGAGGGCCGCCAUAACCGGCGGCGCACCUCUGGGCCAUGACAUCAUCGCCCAGGUGUACGCCAGACUCGGUUUUCGCAUCAGGAUGGGCUACGGCUUGACGGAAGCCUGCAACGUGAGCGUGCAGUUCGGGCUGAAUGAGCACUCGCUGCAUGACCAGGCGGGUACCACCGGCCGUGCCCACUGGGCCGUCGAGCUCGCCGUCUCGUCAGAGGGCGAGGUUCUCGUGCGCUCUCCCUCUCUGAUGAUGGGCUACCUCCCCGUCGAUGGCGUCGACACGUCUGCCACCGACGAGGCGCUCACCCAUGACGGGUGGUUCCGCACCGGUGAUGUCGGUACCCUCGAUCCGCAGGGAAACCUUCGUCUGACGGACCGGAUAAAGGAGCUCAUCAAGGUGCGGGGCUUCCAGGUCGCUCCCGCAGAGCUCGAGGGAAUCCUGUGCGCGAGUGACGACGUGGCUGAUGCCGCUGUUGUCGGCAUCCUUGAUAACGACAGCGCAACCGAGUGGCCGAGAGCCUUCAUCGUGCCGCGUUCUGCUCCGCAUACCGCGUCGCAGCAGCAUGACCUGGCUCAUCGGCUGAGAGAGCUUAUCGAGACCCAUGCUACCAGGUACAAGUGGCUCAGGGGCGGGGUGGUGUUUGUCGACAAGAUUCCCAAGUCACCGAGCGGCAAGAUUCUACGGAGGAUAAUGCGCGACGGGGGCAUCAAGGGCGUCGAGGUGGCCGUUUACGGCAGUGCCGCUCGGACAUCAAAAAUCUGA